AUGUGGCUCCUUGACACCGCCUGUGCAGAGCUACACUUCUUCCACAGCGCAGAUUCUGUCCCCGGGGGCUACGCCAUCCUCUCCCACACCUGGAGCCAAGAUCCUGCCCGUCCCGAACAAACAUUCCAGGACCUUCAGGCCAUUAUCGCGCAAUGUAGAGCAGACGGGAAGAAUCCCCGCGAUAUCGUCUGCUACAAGAUUCGGAUGUGCUGCGAGACGAUGGAACGCGACGGGUACGCGUGGGUGUGGAUCGACACCUGCUGCAUCGACAAGACGAGCAGCUCGGAGCUCUCGGAGGCGAUAAACUCGAUGUUCACCUGGUAUGUCCUCUCAGAGGUCUGCUACGCGUAUCUGGACGACGUCGGUGCCGACGACGACCUCAGUGCCCCGAACUCGGACUUCCGUCGGGCAAGGUGGCACUUUCGGGGGUGGACGCUGCAAGAGCUUCUCGCCCCCGCAUUUGUCCUGUUCGUAUCCAAGGACUGGAAGCCGAUGGGGACCAAGCACGAGCUUGCCGACCGCCUGACAGCAAUCACUGGAAUUCCCAAGAGAUUCCUCACCCGCCAGACUCACCUCCAAGCCGCGCCAAUCUCGGAGAAGAUGCGCUGGGCCUCACGACGAAUGACGACGCGGGUCGAGGACGAGGCGUAUUGCCUACUCGGGAUCUUUGACAUCAAGAUACCGAUCAUCUACGGCGAGGGUCGCGAAGCCUUCUAUCGCCUGCAAGUCGAGCUCUCGCGGAGGAACUCCGACGCGACUCUUUACGCUUGGGGAGGCGUGCACGGUGAAGAAGACGCAAACCGCACACCGGCCGCGUUGGAAUCCAUGUGGGACGGAUUUCUCGUGGGUAGCGGUAUCAUGCCUCGAUUCCUCUUCGCCACCUCUCCAUCAUAUUUCACCCUUCCGUCUGCGUACUGGACUCCCCAGUUGUCGGCGGAGGAGGCUCUCCAACCAUACUUGCCGUGUCAUCGGGCUCGAGGAGUAUGGCCAUUUGGAAGCCACGAAAUCCCAGGGUUCACGCUCACCGGGAAAGGGAUGGAGUGUCGAGCGCCGCUGGCCACAGUGGACGGCAUCACAGUCAUGGUCCUCUUCGUCGAGACCACCGAACAACAUCUCGGCCUGAUCUUGCAUCCUGCCGAGAGGGUCGAGGCGAAGGAUCCUCGUCAUCCAUUGUUCUACACCUCCUGGACCUUCGAAACACCGACCUAUUGGGCCAGCCGUCGUCUCGCCGAGCUGGGCAGCAACAUCUACAAGCUCAAGUUCCGCGGCAAGCGCAUCAAGCCCGUCUGGCGCGACUUCUACAUCCAGGCCAGCCAGCCCCCUCGAUACCGCAUGGACCUCCAGCACUACAUCCUGCGCCUCUUCUCCGACCUCACUCCCGCCCCGUUCCGCGUCCCGCGCUGGAUCGUCGGCGCCUUCGCCUCCGCCGGCCUCUCCCCCGACAACGGCCCCGCGAGGGUCACCGAGGGCGGCCCGUACCAGAUGGUCCUGCGCUUCGUCAACACGCGCCUCCCCGAGGAGAUCACGAUCCAUCUCGGCGUCUGCAAGCACGCCUCGACGCCCGCCCGCCCGGUGCACUGGGCGUGGCUCGUCACCCUCGACCGCACCACGUGGGGCCGGCCGCGGCUCUACCGCCCGCAUGACUGCGCGACGGACCACGUCGACGACUGGGACGGCCCGCGCGCGUUCGGCGGCGAGCGCGCGCAGCGGACGGUGUGGCUCUCGUUCGGCCGGUGCCCCACAGCCCGGCGCGGACGCGGGUCCUCCACGUCGCGCUCGGCGGGGCGGUCUACGAGCGCAUGCUGCGCGGCGCGAACGUCUGUCGUUGUUGCGGGACGGACCGCGGCCGCUCUCUGCGGCCUCGAGCGGGCGGGGGACUCCGCCUGUGGGGUCGGCCGAUGGCGACCAGCCUGA